CGCCGGGAGAUAUACAAGUGGCAUCGACAUAGGAUGAGCCGGGUACAAGAUAUCAUUAACUCUCCAUUACAAGUCCCAGCAAAGUCGUGGACCACAGUAACAGAUGAUGAUCUCAUUUCCCAUCUUAUGUCCCUCUGGUUCAUCUGGGCGCAUCCGUGGUGGCAUUGGGUGGACCAAAAGCAGUUCCUUAAGGCGAUGCAAGCGGCAUUUUUGACCGACUCGGUCCAUGACUAUUUGCUUGAUACUCUGGCGGAAGAUGGGACAGAACCGGAUUUGGAGCUAUGACAACAGUUCUACAACGAUGUAAAGAAGGGACUCGAUGCUGAAGAGGGCCACUUCGUUGUUGCAUACAUGGCGGCACUAGGCGUACAAUGGACAUACCUCAAAACAAAUGGCUAAUAUCAGCUAAGCAACGCUGUUCUGUUCCAGCAAGUCUUCCUAAUCAAGAGUUUAGACAAAUGGAGAGCAAAGAUCAACAAUGACCAAUAGAUAACGGAAGAACUCGUCGAGUCUGUUGACCUGUCACUCGGUCGACUUGAGUGGACGUUAUAUAACCUCAACCUCUUCGUUGGUCUUGCCCUGGAGCAGGUUCGACUCUUCAAUAAGCCAUCCAGGGCGAAACCAGUAUGUGAGAACGGUGACACUUGCUAUGAGCAUGGAGAGUGGGCGCCCUAUCCUAUUCCACGUACACCCAUCGAUCGACACCCCAAUUGCCAUUACCUGGCAUAUAUAUGCUUG